AUGGACCCGGCAUUUCCCGGUGUCCAGGGUCAGGCCCAGCCGCCGCCACCCGAAUUGUGGCCGCUGGUUGGCUCCGAGGAGGAGCUCUAUGACUCUCCGGAUUACUACUACCUGCGCGACUUCCCGGCCUGCGGGGCCGGGCGCAGCAAGGGCCGGACGCGGCGCGAGCGGGAACUGCGCACCAACUGGCUGCCCGGCGGCCACGAGCGCAGGAUCGCGCAGAAGCUCAUCAACGGCCAGCGCAAGCGUCGCCAGCGCCAGCUGCAGCCCCAGCCGCGCACCCGUCUCGCCUGAGCGCUGGUGCGUGCGGGCCCGCGCGAGCGCCCUGGUAACGCUCCGGUCCGCC